AUGCCGCAGCUCCAGCCGGAGUUUACGGAAAGUUUCACAUCCUCCCGCCCGCCGCCUCUUCUCGACAUGGACGGGAGCGGGACGGACGGCGAGAGCAUCAGCCUCAGCGUGCUCAACUGGGAGCAAGUGCAGCGGCUGGACGCCAUCCUCACCGGCUCCAUCCCGAUCCACGGCCGCUGGAGCUUCCCCACGCUGGAGGUGAAGCCGCGGGACAUCGUCAAGGUGGUCCGGAGCCGCAUGGAGGAGAAGCGGAUCCACGUCCGGGAGGUGCGCCUGAACGGAUCCGCGGCCAGCUACGUGCUGCACGAAGACAGCGGGCUGGGAUGGAAGGAUCUGGACUUAAUAUUCUGCGCGGAUCUGAAGGGAGAGAUGGAGUUCCAGAUAGUGAAAGAUAUCGUCCUGGACUCUCUGCUGGACUUCCUGCCGGAGGGAGUGAAUAAGGAGAAGAUCACACCAGUGACCUUAAAGGAGGCGUACGUUCAGAAGAUGGUGAAGGUGUGCAACGACUCGGACCGCUGGAGCCUCAUCUCGCUCUCCAACAACCGCGGCAAAAACGUGGAGCUGAAGUUCGUGGACUCGCUGCGGCGGCAGUUUGAGUUCAGCGUGGACUCCUUCCAGAUCCGCCUGGAUUCGCUGCUGCUCUUCUACGAGUGCUCAGAGCACCCGAUGGCCGCCACCUUCCACCCCACCAUCCUGGGCGAGAGCGUCUACGGCGACUUCCCCACCGCCCUCGACCACCUGCGCCGGCGCCUCAUCUGCACGCGGAGCCCCGAGGAGAUCCGGGGCGGCGGCCUGCUGAAAUACUGCCACCUGCUGGUCCGGGGUUUCCGCGCAGCGUCGGACGGCGAGAUGAAGCUGCUGCAGCGCUACAUGUGCUCGCGCUUCUUCAUAGACUUCCCCGACGUGGGCGAGCAGCGGCGGAAGCUGGAGUCAUACCUGCAGAAUCACUUCGUGGGCCUGGAGGACAGGAAGUACGACUACCUGGCCACGCUGUACGACGUGGUGCAGGAGAGCACCGUGUGCCUGAUGGGCCACGAGAGGCGCCAGACGCUCAGCCUCAUCUCCUCGCUCGCCCUCCGGGUCCUGGCCGAGCAGAACGCCAUCCCCAACGCCGCCAACGUCACCUGCUUCUACCAGCCGGCGCCCUACGUGUCGGACGGCAACUUCAGCAACUAUUACGUGGCGCAGGUGCAGCCGGUGUACUCGUGUCCGCCGUCGAAGCCUCAGCAGUACCUCAGCCUGUCGCAGCAUCCCAUGUACGCCACCUGGUUGCCCUGUAACUGAACGGUUUUAUCUCGUAAAUGAGGCGAGGAAACACGGGAGGCGACAUUAAGGAAGGGAACCUGGAUGGGACCAGCUGGGUUCUGGUUUCACAUGCUGGAAGAGGCCGAUCUGGAAGUUGGACCGAACCGAGGAGAUGUCUUUGACAGUUUGAACAUCUUCACAUACAGCCGCAAAGAGUAGCAGAGGACACACAAGAAGACGCAUUAAGAUAUUUCCCAUGUGUACUGUGGGAAUGUGUGCUAAUGUGUGCUAAUAUGUGUGAAUGUGUGUGCUAAUGUGAUGUAAUGUGUGUGAAUGGGAGCUAAUGUGAGCGAAUGUGAGCUAAAGUGUGUGAAUGGGAGCUAAUGUGAGCGAAUGUGAGCUGAUGUGUGUGAAUGUGUGUACUAAUGUGAGCUAAUGUGUGUGAAUGGGAGCUAAUGUGAGCUAAUGUGUGCUAAAGUGUGUGAUUAUGUGCUAAUGUGAGCUAGUGUGUGUGAAUGUGUGCUAAUGUGAGCUAGUGUGUGUAAAUGUGUGCUAAUGUGAGCUAGUGUGUGUGAAUGUGUGCUAAUGUGAGCUAGUGUGUGUGAAUGUGUGCUAAAGUGUGUUUGAAUGUGUGCUAAUGUGAGCUAAUGUGUGCUAAAGUGUGUUUGAAUGUUUGCUAAUGUGAGCUAAUGUGUGCUAAUGUGUGUUUGAAUGUGUGUGAAUGUGUGCUAAUGUGAGCUAAUGUGUGUGAAUGUGUGCUAAUGUGUGUGAAUGUGUGUUAAAGUGUGUUUGAAUGUGAGCUAAUGUGUGCUAAUGUGUGUUUGAAUGUGUGCUAAUGUGAGCUAAUGUGUGAAUGUGUGCUAAAGUGUGUUUGAAUGUGUGCUAAUGUGAGCUAAUGUGUGUGAAUGUCUGCUAAAGUGUCUUUGAAUGUGUGCUAAAGUGUGUGUUCACAGGCAAUGCAAAGAAAAAGAGGAACUGGAUACUGUUUACAAAUCCAAAAUCUACUUUGAUAUUCAAGUUUUUCUGAACUCUGAGAGCAAAAACAAACAACAAAACAAUGCAUGCUUUAUUUCUGUCCAGGAAUAACGUUGUUCAAAGUGCCUAGAUGAAGCCUAAAGGGAAGAGCUGUUUUGGUGAUUCUUUAGAGGACUGUCCACUUUGACCGAGGCGGUAGUGAAUGUACCGAGGGUUUAGCUAGUUUUAGUCAAAGACUCUUAUCAGCCGUCCUUGCUGGACGAGUACACAUCCUGAUUACCAAAGAGGAAGUAACAGCGUAAUCUCAUCAUCUGUAGAAGCGGGUGAAGGGGGGGAGGUGGGUGAAACUAAAAUGCUUAUAAGUAGAUUUGAAAGAAAAGAAAGAAGUUUGGCUGCAAGGAAGAACCAAAAAGAGAGAUUUCUUCUAGCUUUUCUUGUUGUUUUUUUUGUUUUUUUUGCUGAAUGCGUCCACAAACAGGCAACCAAAACCCCAAUCUAAUCAUAAAUCCAACAAAAAGGCAAUCAAUUAACAGAUCUGACAUCUCCAGCAGGAUAGAUCUGCGCUUACAGGAACCCUGUGGAGUUUUUGCCUCUGAGCAAACAAGAAGCAGUGUUUGCAUUUGGAGUUACUCACCAGAAAUCGCUGGGUGUUUCCUCGACACAGCAGCAGAGUGUUAGCAAAGUGCUGCAAGUGUUUCCUCAUACGAAAGGUGAGGAAAAAAAGCUCUACAGGAAACCUUUAACUUGCAAAACAGACAGAAACAUGCAAUGUGUAAUGGAGGCGGCCAGUUUUUUAGAAAUUAUACUGGAAAGUUGUAAAAGAAAUUUCUAAAUCAGCAAUGUGCACGUACAGAAUACAGAGAUACUGAACUGUGCAUGUACAGAACGAGUUUAAUUAGAGGGUCAAUUGAUUUUCUGCUGCAAGAGCUCAAAGAAAAUGAUGACUUUUAAAGAAAAAAAAUGGCCCCCUGUGUGCUUCCUACAGCCUUGUUAGUUUAAAUAAAUCCAAAAUCAACAUGAAAAGCUGAUAUUUGGAGCAUAUUAAGUAAUUUAAACCUGAUUCUGAGCAGAACAGCUGCACAAAUUCAUCUGAUUUCCAAAAAUAAAACUGGUGAUCCAGCACAAAAACCUUCCAAGACACGAGUUAGCUGCAGGCUUUGGAUAAUUUAAUGUGUUUCCGCAGACAAAAGGCAAAAAAACAGGGAACCUUUAACUUGCAAAACACAGAGAAACAUGCAAUGUGUAAUGGAGGCGGCCAGUUUUUUAGAAAUUAUACUGGAAAGUUGUAAAAGAAAUUUCUAAAUCAGCAAUGUGCACGUACAGAAUACAGAGAUACUGAACUGUGCAUGUACAGAAUGAGUUUAAUUAGAGGGUUAAUUGACUUUCUGCUGCAAGAACUCAAAGAAAAUGAUGACUUUUGGAGACAAAAAUGGCCCCCUGUGUGCUUCCUACAGCCUUGUUAGCUUAAAUAAAUCCAAAAUCUACAUUAAAAAGCUGAUAUUUGCAGCAUAUUAAGUCAUUAAACCUGAUUCUGAGCAGAACAGCUGCACAAAUUCAUCUGAUUUCCAAAGAUAAAACUGGUGAUUCAGCACAAAAACCUUCAAAGAGUGCAGUUUGUGGAUGAUCUAACAAAAACCUGCCGUUAGCAAAGUUUACACUCGAUCUGUUUGAACAAAACGCAGCUUCAACAGUCAGUCGGUGUGGAGUUGAGUUAAAAAAAAAAAACACAACAGUUUCAUCCUGGAAAAGUGUUGUUUUAGAGCUUUACUCCUCAUGAAAGUAACCUCUGAGAUCAUCCAAGCAAUGAGACUUUAAUGAGACCGGAUCGUAUCGACCGUCUAAUCGAUGUGGACGCUACAGAACCACACACCAGAUGAUCAUCUCUGAGCUCUUUUCCUGCAGCUUGAAGGCAUCCCAUCCUCCUGUUUGCAGUGUAAGAGUAAAUAAGAGAACAAAACCUGCUGCACCACAGAUGAUUGUUCCUGUUUAAUCCUCUCAGCUGUUCUCAGUGUGUCUCCUCCAGGAAAUAGUUUUCAAAAAUGUACAGACGAAUAACGAUCACGUGGAUUUCUGAGCGGCGAUAAAAAAAAACAGUCUGGACCGGUAGAAGUUGGCGACGAGAUGUAAAAUUUAUCAGCUUUGAACGUACAGCAUCUUCUUCAGAUCUCCUAUUUUUCUAUCGAUCUUCUAUUUUUGUACAGUUUGUGUUGGGUAGAAGCCGAGUCGUUGAAUCUAAGAGUAUUUUUUUGUUUGUUUGUUGUUUGUUUGUUGUGUUCUGGCUGAUGAAGAGCAGCGCCGUGGCUCAGUGGAGACCCUCUGCUGUUGGCCGUCUGUGCGCUCUGAGCUGUUUUCUUAUGUAUUUCUGUUGCUCUAAUGAGAUUGUUUCACUUUUCCUCAGUGUUUUUAACCGCAGUCCUGGUUUCGGACACGGAAAUAAUGAUCUGAUGAUUGUGUUCAAGUUGACCGACUUGAUGAUUAAAAGCGGAAAAUCAGAAA